CUCACCUCUUCUUUUUCUUCCAAGGAGGCAGCUCCCUUUGCACUAUUUUGCUAGCAAAAGAAGUUACAGUCUUCAGGAAAAGUCUUCUUUCAGGGGAGUAAUGGAACCAAUGUUUACAGCUGCAGCGCUGGAAGCAGGACCUGUAUAUUUCUUUGAUCAGAUGAAAACGAGAAUGAAAGAGAGGGGCAAGAUGGUAUCAGAAGAACUGUCCUCAUAUUUCACUACAGAUCUUUCCCCUGGCUUUACUCCCAGCCCAGUUGAAGGCAGGGGUGCCAUCUGUACAGGGGAGUGUAUGGAAAGGCAUGAGGAUGGUUUCUUAAAUGAUGAUACAAGAAAAGAAAAACACCCAGUUUUGCAACAAGUAACUUGUCAUUCCCUGUGUAAAACCACUACAGAGGACUCAAACCCAAAGAUCUCCCAAACAUCUUUGAUCCCACAGGCAGAUGAGGACUCACCACUGAAUGUGUUGAAUGAGUCUGUGGCUGCCAACAUGUUACAGGAACUUGGAGAGAAAUUGCAGCUCCUUGCUAGGUAUAAGACUGGUUUCCCUCAGGGACCUGUGAAUGUGCUAACCUGUAGCUGGAGAGAACUCACUGAGGGGCUUGAUUACUGUACAUGGCAUCAGAAGUCAUUAUCAUACAAAAGUGUGAGAUCCAGGAGAAGCCAAGCCUCAGACAAGUUUGAGAGUGCUGUUCUGGGGUCCAAAUGUAUAGAGUGUGAAAUCACUGCCAUCAGAAAAGAAUGUUACAAGAAAAGCUGUGCUCUACCAGCCUGCACUACAAAGGAAAAAAGAAAAUCUGAGACAGCAUCAAGCAUGCCUCUAGGAAGUAAAGGACUUGUUGUGCAAAAUGAUGCUGACCAGUCAUCCAUCACAAUCAGCUUCUCGCUCUCAUCCAGCAUCUGUGAGGAAAGAGGUUGGAUUUUCCAACUUUCUGACUCAAAUUCUGAAGAUAUUCACCAGAAGCUGCCUUAUGUGAGGACACUGGAGAGGCCAGAACAAAUUCAAAAACAAAUAGAACAGCAAACUUCCAAGCUGAAAGAUGUAGGGUUUGACAAACCAAUUAUUCUCCGGCAUUAUGGUGAUCAUAAAGAAGAAACUUUCUCCAAGACAUGGAAAGUUCAGACUGGCAUGACGGUCACACCAGAGCUGACAUAUGGCAAACCUCAGAUCCCAGUGGUCAAGAAAGCAGGCACAACACAGAGAAAACUGCACUAUGGGCUGAACGAUGGCUCAUCUUUCAUUUAA